AUUUUAUGUUUUGUGAAUACAUAGGUCGCGAGAUGGCAGCCUCUCCUGUCCAAGACGUGCACGUACAAGAAGACUGCCACCGCCGACGGAGAGAAAGAGAGGGAGAUACCCGGCAUCAAACUAUACGACAAUACUGAGGAAGGAGAAAUCGACAUCGGCUCUACGUUGGCAAUGGAAGGUCAUGGCGUCGAAGACUUAGAGAGACCCUCGCCCACACCCAACCGACCGCCCUUCGGAGAUCUUGGCAACUCGAGGGUAUUGGGACUGUUAGACGGUGGCCGCAGCUCCUCCGUGCCCAAGGACCACAAGGACAACCAUGAACAUGACGCCGAUGAUAACCACGAUACUAAAGACGACCGAAUGACUACAUCGAAGUCGCUGGGCUCGGGUCUCGAGAGCGGGGACAAACUGCUAUCAAUCUCAAAUUUUGACUUGUCAUACCCCGACAACGCACUGGCCAAGACUGUCAAUGGAUCCCAACAAAACUUUUUACAAAUGGAAAAACAGAACUUAGAUAAGGAAGGUAACGUAGAAAGAGGUUCUUUAGACACCCUCGUUCCAUCCUCCCCGAUCCUCUCAAAGUCACCCCGCGACGAGUUCAAAGCCAAUAUGAAUAGAAUAGACUCCCACCACAGUAAUUUAGAAUUCUUGGCCAAAGCGCAGCAGGAUAAUAAGUAGAUUUUAGUUUGUAAGAUUAAAUUUUAAGUCGCGAUGGCAAAUCUUUAUUUGAAGACUAGCUACUUCCGCGCUGUUUCACACGCUCUGCUCAGCUCCUAUUGGUCGUAGCGUGAUGUUUUAUAGCCUA